GCAUAUUUAUUUAUUUUUCCCCUAACAGUUUGUUUACAAGUAUUAAAGUUGUAAUUGGGAGCUGCCAAGACACAUCUGGAUUUGUGUUUCUUUGUGUUAGGGGGUGAUGUGCAACUAAUUAAAGGCAGACUGGCAGCGUCUGCAAAUCCUAAGGCUCCCCAAAUAAAAAGAGACUGUUGUAACAGUUGGAAGAUAAUGCAAAGGAAGACGCUGCCUGGAAAUUUGCCGUCUGUGGAUAUGUGCCCCAGAGAGGAAUAAAGCAACCCUUCACGGUCUCUCUUCCCAACCUCACCCCCCAAACUCGACCUAUCUUCCCCUCCGAACCCGGCCUCACCCCAAUACCAACCAUCACUCCCUUCCCUCCUCCCCAUCUCCCCCCCUUUCCCGCCCAGGUGUCGGACCAGGCGCCCCCCUCUUCCACCCUGCACCCCUUCUUUCCCCCCUGCACCAUGAACACCAAUGUCUGCGUGGAGCCAGGACCGAGUCCGGAAGCUCCGGGCUUGCCCAAGGAGAGCCACCUGCCAGAAGGCGCCCUCAACAGCCUUGUGGAUUACAACUCCGAGAUGGAGCGCUACCGCUCCUUUGCCACCUCCUUCUACAAGACCAACGGGGGCGCCUUUCCGCAGGCGGCCAAGAUCGCGCGCAUCACUACGCCGAUCUUCCCCAGCAGCGCCGCCGCCGCCGCCGCCGCCGCCCGCAUCGGCAUGUCCCCCUGGAACUGCGACAACGCGGCCACCGCCGCCGCCGCCACCGCCAUGCUCUGGGGCAGCGGCGGCGGCGGCGGGGGAGCAGCCGGGGGCGGCGGCGGAGCAGGAGCAGGAGCAGGAGCAGGAGCAGGAGGAGGAGGAGGUGGUGGAGGUGGAGGAGGAGGAGGAGGAGGGAGGAGGAGGAGGAGGAGGAGGGAGGAGGAGGAGGAGGGGGGCGGCAGGAAAUCCGCCGCCCUCCUCCUCCUCCUCCUCCUCCUCGUCCUCUCCUCCUCCUCCUCCUCUUCCUCCUCCUCCAUCCAUCAGGGCAGCGGCGGCAGCAGCAGGACCAGCAUGCACCAUCGAAACGACUCCCAGAGGUUGGGCAAAGCUGGCUGCCCGCCAGAGCCGUCGUUGCAAAUGGCAAAUACUAAUUUCCUCUCCACCUUAUCCCCUGAACACUGCAGACCUUUGGCGGGGGAAUGCAUGAACAAGCUCAAAUGCGGCGCUGCUGAAGCAGAGAUAAUGAAUCUCCCUGAACGCGUGGGGACUUUUUCCGCUAUCCCGGCUUUAGGGGGCAUCUCAUUACCUCCAGGGGUCAUCGUCAUGACAGCCCUUCACUCCCCCGCAGCAGCCUCAGCAGCCGUCACAGACAGUGCGUUUCAAAUUGCCAAUCUGGCAGACUGCCCGCAGAAUCACUCCUCCUCCUCCUCCUCCUCCUCUGGAGGAGCUGGCGGAGCCAACCCGGCCAAGAAGAAGAGGAAAAGGUGUGGGGUCUGCGUGCCCUGCAAGAGGCUCAUCAACUGUGGAGUCUGCAGCAGUUGCAGGAAUCGCAAAACGGGACACCAGAUCUGCAAAUUUAGGAAAUGUGAAGAGCUAAAGAAAAAACCUGGCACUUCACUAGAGAAAUCGCCUUUGCUGCAUGUGAACAAUGUGAAUGGAGUUCAGAACCCUUACACUUGCACCACAACCAGCACUUUACAAAGUUGCUGGAAUACGUACGAAACAUUUAGGAAUCUUCCUCUAAGAACACCUGUUCCCAGCGCUGAAGCAUUCCGAUGGUUCUUUUAAAGGUGUAGUGUAUCUUAUUUUCAAGGCAGUCGGAAGUGAAUGGCAAACUAAAGUCUUGUUUUAAGAAACUGCUUAGUCCACCACUGAAGAAAAUACUCAGAUACUUUUUUUUUAAUGUAUAGGGGUUUCCUCAAAAACAAACCACAAACAUAAAUAAAUAAAUCUGGGAGUUUGGGAAUUGGCCAGGCAAUAUUCUGAUUCUUUCUUUCUUUGAUGUAACUUAGCUAUACUAGUGAAGUUGUCUAUUUUUAAAGUGGCUGUAAAAAAUUAAGUUUGGGUAAAGCCCUGCUGUAAAAUCAUGUAUCUUUGCAAAGUACAUAUCUAUACUUCAUUUUCCAAAUAUAUGUGUUUCAGUACUGUAAACUGUACAGAUAGAAGCUUGUAUUUUGUGUGUUUAGACACAAGGAGACAAUCAUGUCUGAGCAUCUAUGGAGAUUAACAGUUUGUACACAACAGUGUGUUUCUGCGAGUUAAAUCUGGAGCAAUAAAUUCUAGCUUUAAAUAUAUAUAUGUAUAUGUAUAUAUAUGUAUACAUAUGCAUAU